AUGUCCGACGAAGUCGCAUUGGCGAGAACUGAGGAAGUUGAUGGAGGAGCAGAGGCACAAGAUACGACGGCGUUGGCGACUACCAACAAUGAGGUCGCUGCGCCAACGGAGAGGAAAGUGAAGAAGAUCAUCAGAAAGAAGAAGAGACCGGCGCGACCCCAAGUCGACCCCUCUUUCAUCACAUCCGAGCCGCCUCCGCAGACGGGAACUAUUUUCAACAUCUGGUACAACAAGUGGUCUGGCGGUGACCGCGAGGACAAAUACCUGUCGAAGACGCACGCCAAGGGCCGCUGCAAUGUUGCUAAGGACAGCGGAUACACGAGGGCCGACAACGUGCCAGGCAGCUAUUUCUGCCUCUUCUUCGCGCGCGGAAUCUGCCCCAAGGGCCAGGACUGCGAGUACCUUCAUCGCCUACCGGGCAUUCACGAUAUCUUCAACCCAAAUGUUGAUUGCUUCGGGCGAGACAAGCAUUCCGACUACAGAGACGAUAUGGGCGGUGUCGGUAGCUUCAUGAGACAGAAUCGUACUAUCUACGUUGGAAGGAUACAUGUGACGGACGAUAUCGAAGAGAUUGUUGCGCGUCACUUUGCGGAAUGGGGUCAGAUUGAGCGAAUUCGUGUACUCAACACCCGUGGAGUCGCAUUUAUCACAUAUUCCAACGAAGCAAACGCUCAAUUUGCCAAGGAAGCAAUGGCACAUCAGUCCCUGGAUCACGAAGAGAUCCUCAACGUCCGCUGGGCGACCGCCGACCCCAACCCCAUGGCACAGGCACGCGAGGCGAGGCGUAUCGAGGAACAGGCGGCAGAGGCUAUUCGACGGGCACUCCCAGCCGAAUUUGUGGCGGAAAUUGAGGGCAAAGAUCCGGAAGCUCGUAAGAGGAGGAAGAUUGAGAGCAGCUACGGGCUCGAGGGUUACGAGGCGCCGGAUGAGGUUCACUUUGCUCGCGGCGUGAACGCCGUCAACCCGGUCGGAAGAGAGGGCUUCGAGGUGGAAUACCAAGAGCGGCCGAUGCUCGAGAAUGGCGACGGCGCGAACCAGUCACAGUAUCAGGCCUUGCCGGCGCCGCAGCAGCAGUUGCCUAUCGCUUCUGGUGGCAUCUUCUCCAGCAGCACCCUCGCAGCUUUGAACACCGCCAAGGUGGCUGUGGCGUCGAAGCCGAAACCGGCUGUGUCUGCGGGACCGUUAGUCGCAUAUGACAGCGACGAUGAUGACGAGUGA